AAAUUUUUCUAAAAGAUUCUACAAGAUUAAGAUGCGAAACAUACCAGUUUGUUCUUUGCUUAAUAAUAUAUUGUAGUGUACUUAGGCGGAAAUAUUGUGAAACCUUUGCACGUCCUUAAUACGCUUUUAUAAGGUUGGUACCAAUAAGUAGUAUUUAACUGAUGAGCAGUGUAAAGCCAUGGAAAAACCAUAAUAAUUUUUUUUACAAGAAGCAUAAAUGAACCACUUCAUUUAAUACCAGUCUCCUUGAAAUAUACGCAAAAAAUGCAACUCAGCAAUGAAUGUUUUGGCAGUUAAACUCUAUCAAUAAUCAUUAAACAAUGAAAAAAGUAUUCUCACUCAUUGUGAACUAUUGGAAAAAGACUUCGGAUUGUGAUGCCGUACUUAAGAACUACAAAAAUUAUGACGAUUUAGAAGGUUCUGUGCAAACUAUAUCAUCUUUAACCGAUAAUUCAACUAAUAUUUCCGAGAGUUUGUUUACAGUCAACCAUACCUACUUAAGCUAUGAUGCAAUUAAGACAUGCCUGGAAGAUCUAAGAAGACUGAUAUCAGUACAAGUUGGUCUAGAUGAAUUUUCAGAAAUUUAUUGGCUGACUAUUACUAAAGAAAAGUUGGCAGACAAGUUAAAAGCCUCUGAUAAGUUAGAACAAAAUAUCUGGUUGUUAUGGGCGUCAUUUUUAAAACGAGAAGAUUUGUUCCCACAGUUGUUGAAUGCUGGAGCUGAUAUAAGCUUCUAUGAACAAACCUAUGGCCUUAGUUCGAUUCACUUAGCAGCCUUUAGUGGCUGCACAGAUGCACUUGAUCAUCUUCUAUCCAACCAAGGUCACUCUGUAAACACAAUAUAUAAAUGCUACUCUCCUCUCCAUUGUGCAGUUCUUGGUGGCUAUCCAGAGUCUGUAUCAAUACUCUUAGAACAUGGAGCUGAUAUUAGGGCUCUUACCAAUGACAGCUGUAUUUUGGAAGGAGUUCUACACUGUGCUGUUAGAGCCAAUGCGAUAAAAUGUCUGGACGUCUUAUGUAAAAAUGGUGCUGACGUAAGCCAACUAAACAUCUCAGGCCUAUCACCGAUUCAUUUAGCUGCAAGUUUAGGAAAGUCUGAAUGUCUUCGAAUGUUACUUUCAUAUCAUACAGCAAACAUUAAUUUGCAAACAAAGAAAAAUCAGCAAACAGCAUUGCACUUAGCUGCUCGAAGUUCAUUUCCAGAUUGUGUGAAAAUAUUGCUGGAAUUUGGUGGCAUCAUAAUGUUGGAUCAUAAAAAUCGUACUCCUCUUCACUUGGCAGCUAAAGCUCAUUGUAUUUCCUCCAUAAAACAUCUUCUAGGAAAGGAAGGUAUAAAUGUGAAUUCUGAAGACAUGGAUAGGAGAACCCCAUUACACUUAACAUUAACUCGAAAAUCUACUCAAAAAAACUGUUCAUGUGAAAUCGUUGAUACCUUUAUAAAAUAUGGAGCAGAUGUUAAUGCAAAAGAUAAAGAUAACUUGACUGCUUUACACUUGGCUGCCCAAAACCAAUUACCAGAAUGUGUAGAUGUCCUUAUUAUGAACGAAGCAGAUGUGACCGCUAAAUGCAAAGAAGGAAAAACGGCUUUAAAGUAUAUUUGUCAAAAAACUCCGACAUCUGUAGAUACUAUACGAAAAAAACUAGAUUCUUGUAUUAUAUUAUUAAACAAAGAUCACGAUUCUUGCAGCAAAGAAUUCGAAUUCCAAAUAGACUUUUGUCCCAUAAUACGCCAUGCGUAUCCAAGAGAAGCCUUAUUUUUAGCAACUUUAAUUGAUGAAGGUCAUAAAGAUCUACUUUUGCACCCAGUUUGUCGCGCUUUUAUCUAUCUUAAAUGGGAUAAAGUUAAAAAAUAUUUUAUCUUAAAGGCUCUUUGGUGUUUUUUGUUUGUAACAAUGAUGUCAUCGUAUGUUGUAACGGGUUUAGCCAGGUACUGCUACAAUUUUAGCAAAAACGUUACGGUUUCUUCUUAUCUUCAAGAUAAAGAGUUAUGCUUAAACCAUUCUAUUUUAGCUCGUUUUACAGUAAAUAAUCCCCAGAUCAUUGAAACCCAAUGGUAUAUAUUGGUAGUCUUAGCUUUCGGUGUAAUGUUUCGAAAAAUAUGUGGCUUUCAUGGAUAUUCUUCUUUUUUUGAUUACUUUUCCUACAUAGAGAAUAUUCUUGACUGGUUAUGUAUCAUCACAGUGUUUCUAAUAUCUUUUGUUUACACUGGUCGGACUUAUAUAUGGCAAAAUCACGUAAGUGCUUUCGCUAUUCUCCUGAGCUGGGUUAACCUCAUGUUCAUGUUGGGACAAUUUCCUUUUUUUGGCACCUAUGUUGCUAUGUAUAUCUCCGUGCAAAGAGAAUUUGCAAAAAUUCUCUUAGUUUUCUUUUCACUUCUGAUAGGUUUUACAGUUACUUUUUGUGUCCUUUUUCCACAAUCGGAAGUAUUUUCCAAUAUAUAUAUUGGGCUUCUAACUGUUUCCGUAAUGGCUGUAGGAGAGAUGAACCUUGAGCUUAUUACUAAGCCUAGUAAAGAAGAAAGUAUUUAUAUGUUAAAAGGAUCAUCAGAAGUAAUAUAUGCAACAUUUGUUUUUUGCGUUAGUAUUAUUAUGCUCAAUUUAUUAAUUGGUAUUGCAGUGAAUGACAUUAAAUCCUUGAAAACCUCUGCGAGGCUCACCAAACUUACUAAGGUCGUACAGCUAGUCAACUGCAUAGAAAAGUCUUUGCUUGCUGAUCAUAUUCCUCAAAAAUUCUUAGUAAAAUGCUUUAAAUGGGAUAUAUUAAUAUCUUCUGAUGAGGAAUAUUCCUCUUUCAAAGCUAAAGUUUAUAGCCGGAGUAAAUUACUUUCUCAUCAUUUACUACAAGAAGCUUAUGGGAUUCUUAGGAAGCAACAGAAACGAAGAAAAAGGUGUGGAUAUAUGUGUAAAAAAGAAGAACCUGCAGAAAUUUUAAUAAGUAGUCAAGAAAAUAUGGUUGAAAAUAACCAAAUUCAAGUAGAAAUUGCUGAUUUGAAAAAGCAGCUUAUGAAUUUAAGUGUUGAAAUUGUAAACGUACAAAAUAUUCUAAAAACUAAUCAAGUGCUUAUGGAGCAAGUUCUAAAAGUUAGUAAUGGCACUAAUGAUUUACUGAAUGAUUUGUAAUUUUCAUAUAUAGAUUUUGAAUAUAUCUACAUAUUUUCAAUAAUAUACUUGAACGAUCCUAGUUCAACUGAUUUUAUAACAACAUAUGCCCCGAAUAGUAAAACCCAAUGUUAUAUAUUGAUAGUCUUAGCUAUGGAUGUGAUGUGUUGAAAAAUGUGUCCCUUAUUUAAAAUUUAAAUAGUUUUAAUAAUUAUUAGAAAAUUAAUAUUAAUUUUCCUAAAUGGAGACUAGUCUUGACUUGGGAAUAUAUAUAAUCAGAUUAUUAUUAUUCGAAGUGAUGACAGCAGAAUAUCUGUAUUGUGACGACUUUAGGUUAUAUUUAUAAUUUUGUUGCAUUUUAUCUUAAAAUUUUAAUAAAAUAUUUUGUUAUUAACUUAUCAAGGAAAAUUAAAUUGUUUUUUGCUUUCGUAAUUUUAUGUUUGAGAUAUUAAAGGCCACGGCAUAAUUGCCCGCAAAUGGAAACAAAAAAGAAAAUUCUUUAUAAAUGUACAAUCAAACGAAACGUAAUUAUAGAUAACUAAACGCCCAUAAUAGAAAUUUUUGUAUUAUCCAUGGAUAUUUUUUCUUGUUUUUGGUUCCUUUUUGCCAAAACACCCUUAGUUUUUUUAAUACUUACUCUAAAAAAUAAACAUCUUGGGUUUUAUAAACUUUCUGGUAUAUAUUUUGAAUAUGGUCUCUAAAUUAAUUAUGUAGAUGAUGAUGAUACUUUAGAACGGUGGUUGAGCAAUUUAAAACCCAACGAUUUUGCAACAAAUUUCUUACAAAAUGACGUAAUUUUUUUAUUCAAGACAUUGCUAUGCGAAAACUCUGCAAUAUGUCAACUUUGUACGAGAAUAUACAGCAGUAUUGCCAUACUGGACAAAAGUCCAUAAAGUUUAGGUAAAAGUCGGCAGUUAUUAACAAAGUUAGUGGAAGGAAUAAAUUGCGGUUUUCACUUGGAAUUUCUUGGAAAACUUACUUACUUGAAGUUGUAAGUGAAUUUUCUAUUGUUCAAUGUUUGUAUUUUAACAUGCAACAUCUGUUUAUAUAUAUUUUUUUAAUUAAAAACUUUUAUUAAUUAAUUGGCAAGGAUCUCUCAUUUGAUAUAUAAAAUUUAAGAGUGUAAAGGCUGGUAAGUGUUUAACCCAACCCAACUCAAUAGUUAUAAUAAAAAAAAUAGUUUGAGUGUUAGUAAGUGAUCGUGUUUAGUAGUGUAAUUGUUUAAUUAAAUUAGUUUACUAUUUUUGAUUCUUUUAAUUUACACCCAACAAACAGUAAAAAUGCUAUGAUAGCACAGCUAUGUUUAGCAAUGACUAUAAAAUAUUUAGCCCAUGGAGCAUCAUUAUAGAAUAUUUUGUUAGGUUAGGAUACUCCAUUGUUUCCAGAAUCAUUUUAGAAACAUGUGAGUUUCUAUGAGAAAUAUUUCAGCGCAUAUAUUUAAAAACACCAACUAAAAAUGACUGGACUGCCCCUUGGUACCCAUUUCUAUAACAGAUGAAGUUUUCCAAAAAUCCUGAGAGCUAUUGGUGGAAAGUCCUAUAAAUAGUGAUUCCCAAUAUUUUAAUUACAAACAAUAUUUCAGUAUGGUUCUAAUGGUAUCUGGUGUUAUAGUUUAUAAAUUUACAUGGGUGGAUGUUCAGAGCCAUAGGCUUCCGUUAUGUCAUUAAUUAUUUCUCGGGAUUUAUCACAUUAGAAAUGCAAAAUCAUUUUUAUUGGUUUCGGGAAGGAAUCAGGAACAAAAAAGAUGAAACUGGGCCAACUUUCUCGUUACUGUUCCAGGGAUUCUUUAUGUUCUCGUUAGCGGGAAGCCAUUGCACCUCCGUAUACUGAAAAUAAUGUCUUUUAACUUUCUUUCCGUUGUCGUUCUCGAGCUGUUGUGUAACGGCCUUAAGAAAGAUGGCUAGAGUAGCAUGGGCUCUAGUAAUUUAACAGCUUAAUUAAAUUUAUACAGUGUAUUCCUGUAAGCAUGGAUUACUAUAUCUCGGAAACUCUUAAUCUAACUUCAUUGGAAGUUUUUUUUGGAAGUUUGAAAUUUGACUAGGGGGCGCAGUUGAAAGUUCAAUAAAUCAAUACUAAUUUUCCGCGAAAAAUGUCCGCUUAAAGUACCCUUUUUUUACAUAAUUAGAAACCUUGGGAUAUUUUGGCCAAUUUGGUCAAAGACUCAUUGGCGUACCGACCGUCAUAAAGUAAGGAAGGUAGUGACAAUGUAAUAGUUAUAACUUGCGAAUUUGGGCUUGCUCAAAAGUGAAACGUAAGUAGUUUUAAACAUCGUAUCCAGUAGUAUGCUAGACAUAUCCUUAAACCAGAAUUAAUUGUUUAUAUUACAUUAUAAAAUGCUUAGCUUAGGACUAUUUUUAUAUUUAAGAAAUCGCUGGUAAUACCUAUAGCGUUAACAAUAAUAUUGU